AUGUUGCAACCAUUCAGCGGCCUUCAAAUGGUGGACGUGUUUUGGACGCUCAACCCGAGCGGCCGCGAGUUCACCUUCUACGCGAAGGCGAUGAAGUCAAGCUCGAGGAUUGACCGUAUUCUGGUGUCGGCUGAGCUGCUACCUUUGGUGGUCGAGGCGUCUCACACCCGAUCGCUGGGCAGCAUUUCAGAUCACAAGUGUGGCAUUAAGGUGGUGCUGCAAGCGAGCCUGGGGCUACACAUGGGCCCAGGAAUCUGGCGGCUGCCAUCUACAGACACGGCGAAACCAGGGGUAGAAAAGGCUGCGCUAAGGCGGUACGCAGCGGAAGAGCGGAAAUGGAUUCGCGCGACUUUGAGGCACCUAGAGCUAGCGGUCUCCGGGCUGCAGCAGGAGCCGAUGAGGAGUCCCCAGCAAGACGACAUUCGUGUGACCUUGGAGGAGAAAGAGUCGCAGCUGGCGGCAUAUCUGAACGGGGAGAAUGACAGGCUGCACCUGUUGGCGGGGGUGAAGGAGGAAACGAAGGGCGAGAUUGCGUCGAGGGUCCUCUCCGCGAAAGUAAAGUCAAAGAAGACUCGAACGAUGAUCACCGCUCUGGCCUCGCAAGGGGUGGAGCAAAGGGGUACGAGAGGUAUUCUGGAGGCCGCCUCCCGCUUCUACACUGAGUUGUUUGCGGAAGCCCCUCCGUCGGGCCUACCCUGCUGGAAACCGGACUCACUGAAAACGCUGCGGGAGCAAGAGAAAACAUAUAUGGAAGCAGACUGGUCAGAGGAGGAAGUAAGGAAAGCAUUAAAAAAGAUGGCGUGCGACAAGUCUCCAGGCGGCGACGGUUUGCUGAAGGAACUUUUCAAGCGCUACUGGGACCUGCUAAGGGAGGACUUCAUGGAUUUUAUCAAACCGUUCGAAUCCUCCGCGGUCUUUCCGGAUGAAUUGCAGGAGGCAGUGACCAUCCCGCUGCACAAAAAGGGCCCAAAAGAACAGGUGUAG